UGUAUAAAAGCAGCCACAACUCAAACCCUGUUAUUCAGUGUACAAUGCUCAAAACAUCAAUAAUUAUCUUAGUAAGUGGUUUGAUCAUAUCCACAUUGGCAUAUGGUAAAUUUCGUAUCGUGAAAAUGCCCGAAGGGCGCAUUCGUGGUGGUGUGGGAGUAACUGAGAACAAACGUCCAUAUUACUACUUCACUGGAAUACCGUACGCCAAGCCCCCGGUUGGUCAACUCAGAUUUGAGCUGCCUGUGGCGGCUGAGGCUUGGAGAGGAACUUUAAAUGCCACCGGCCCGCACAAUGUUUGUCUUCAGUUCGCAUCCAAAAGGGAGACCGACAGGAUAGUUGGAAGUGAAGAUUGCCUUUACCUUAACAUUUACACACCAAAGCUGUCGAAAAAGAAGUCUGAUCUUUUACCUGUUAUGUUCUUCCUCGAAGGAGAGGAUUUUGCUUAUUCGAACCCAAAUAAGAUUAAGUACGGGCCGGAGUAUUUGCUUAACAAAGAUGUUGUGCUGGUCACAGUGGGCUAUCGAUUAGGACCGUUAGGCUUUUUCCUAACGGCCGGAACCGCAGUGAGAGGUAACAUGGGUUUGAAAGACCAGGCGUUUGCUUUGAAGUGGGUUAACGAACACAUUCACCAUUUCGGUGGAAAUCCCAAAAGAAUUACAUUGUUUGGUAGCGGUUCCGGGAGUGCUAGUGUGCACUAUCACAUGAUCUCACCGUUAAGCAAAGAUUUUGUAAACGGGGUGAUUACUCAGAGUGGAACCGCUUUUAACUCGUGGGCGUUGACUCCGAUCCAAGUCGUGGGCAUUAAUUGCAAGAUUAUAUCAGGAUUUGCCGGUUGUACGGCGAGUGUCACCGUCCAGGAAAUGGUGAAGUGCUUGAGGGGGGUUGACGCUAAAACCAUCCUAAACGCAACGUCUCAGCUUUCGGACUAUGGCAUUAGUGAGGUGUUCAAACCGGUCUUAGAAUUUCCGCCGCAACCGGGGGCGUUUGUUGUAACAGAUCCAAUACGCAGUGUCCGUGCUGGACAAGUGGCGAACGUGCCCAUCAUGAUGGGUAUUGCUACCGGAGGCGGCGUUAUCCAGGCAACAAAUCUGCUCAAGGAUCCAAAUACCUUGCAAAAGUGGCGAACCAACUUCAAUGAGAUGGCAUCGCAAGCCUUACAUUACAAGGACACGGCUAUCGUUGCCGAAAAGCCAGUCAUCAGUAGCCACAUUAAAGAAUUCUACUUUAACGAAACCGAAAUCGGCAUAGCUUCUAAAGACAAUAUUAUAAACAUGUUCACCGAUGGGCUCUUCCUGGAAGGUCUGCGAAGUAGCCUCGAUCUGCACAUGAAAUAUCACAAACAGCCGAUUUACAAUUACCUCUUCGGCUAUCGCGGAAGUGAGAGCUUCAUUAACAGAACAAACAAUGGUAAGGUUAGAAGCUCUCGAAUUGCGUCUCCAAAGCUGCGUUUUUUAGAAGUGACAUUUAAAGACGAACUCCUUUACCUCUUCAAAAAUGACCUUGACUUUCCCAACUACAUCCCCACAAAAGCAGACCUAGAAGUUACCCACCUUCUCAUCGACUUGUGGACCAACUUUGCGACCUACGGCGACCCCACACCGAACGAAUCGUCCGCCAAGAAGUGGUUACCAGUCCAUAAGGGCGAAGAGUACUAUUACUACAUUCAAUCGGCGACCGAUAUUGAGUUGAAGAAAGGACUGUUUCCCGAUAGGGCGCAAUUUUGGAGAAGUUUAGGACUUGAUAGUCGAAGAAAGGAUAUUCGUGAUAAUUUAUAGACUGCUAAGUUAUUUAUUUUAUUGCAGUUUUUUGUACUGCCAUUAGAAUAGUCGAAUAAAAAUUUUUAUCUAA